GCAGUUGGCGCUAGCUAAGAGUAUGUGCGUUACUUAGUUCAUAAGUGCGAUCUCAAUUAUGGAAGAGGCCAGAGCUGUCCUGAAGAAGAAAGAUGCCAUUCUUGAACACCCGUCUAUGCUUGCAGAAGCAAUUGAUUGCAUCCGAUAUAAUAACCCACAAACUGGGCAUAACGAGGCAGAGGAGCUUUUAGUGGAGAGCUAUCAGGGUGCAAUCGAGUUUCUGUUUGAACUGGGGACUUGGCUCACCUACAUUGAUGAAGAUGCUCAGUCUACUCGUAACAUAAUUGAAUCAGUUGUCAAGGAAGCUAUUCUUCAAAACUAUGAUCGUUCCAAAGCCAUAACAUGUUUAACAGACGAAGCUUCAGCCGACACCAUGGAGUGGCUUAGUCAAAUGGUCGAAUCUCCAACUUGGCGUCAAACCAUUUAUAACCUAGCUCAGCAUCCACGGAACGAAGAUUGUCCUUUUUUAUCACUAUCUAUGCCGUGUAUAGCUGUAAAAGAAAGUCUCAUUGGAGAACUCGUAUCUGUUCCUCUUGCAUGGAACACUCUAGGCAUUUUCUUGAAGUGCGUUAUCUAUGUUUUACAGCCAUUACUAGCUGCCGGUGAUACAGUUAAAGAUCAGACGUUUAUGUACUCCAUUGCAUUUUUACAGCCAAAACGGAAUAAUGCUUCAUGUACCAAUUAUUCUAGUGUUUCACAUUCAGAAAUGAGCAUGGUGAAUUCGGAAUCGCUUCCAUCUAUUGAUGACGUUAAAGGUUUUGUUUCCGCUGUCGAUAACGAACAUCAACCAUACUCAUCGGAAGGAGAGUCUCACUUUUCUUUUGAUACUGCACAAGAUAUGUUAACCCACUUUUUGGAAAUGGGUUGUCAUAGUGAACAUGGAUAUUUACUCUUGCAAUCUAUCUUGCAGUGUUUGGCUCGAAAAAUGAAGAGCCAUUGUGCUCAUCAUCUUAUUUGGCUUUUGGAAGCUGAAGCAAGUCGAAGGGGCCGUGACGUGAGUCGGUACACAACGUAUCUCUGUGGUGCCCGAGAUUAUCCUGAUAGCAUGGAUGCGAUGCGUAUCAUCCUUAAAGAACAGGAUUUAAUUCCGGAUGCAGUUUUGCUGCUUGAGGAAGCAUAUAAAGGAGAUGCCUCCCCACCAGUAGCUUUGUUACGACAACCCAUUUUCAUUGCACUUCUAGCAGAUGCAUUAUUUGCAAGUUCUGAUAGAUUGUUAACUGAACAAUUAGAGCAAUAUGCAUACCUUUACAGCUAUGCUGCAGUGGUCGUUGAAGAGAUUGAACCUACUACUGAAAGACGUAUCUCAUGUAUACGUACUGAAGUUGAUGAAGCAAAACGUGAAGUUUUAGAAGCAAGUCGAAUUUGUAGACAAUGGAACAAUAUGUCUGGCAGUGGAAUUAGUUUACGUGCUUUCCGAGACCUUCCAUCGCUUUUGAGAUGUUUAUCAUGUCGACCUGUUUCACUUGGUGUAUUUCGUUUCGUUCGGGUCGUUUUUCACACGAAACGCGUUGAUUUCGAAUUAAAUAUGGACACCAUGAAACCUUACUGUAUAGUAGUGAAUGAAUUGGCUGAGGUCAAUGAAUAUUUACGUCCAGCUCUCUUAGCAUUUAUCACAGAAUUACUGGCUUCUUCAGUUGAAGGAAUGGAAGACUUGAGUCAGUUAGAAUACAAACGAAUGUUGGUCGGAUUACUUGUUCAUUUACUAUCAUGUGGCCAUGUACUUCCUGUAAUAAACACAAUGCAUAGACUGUUUUUACGCAAUCGUGUUGAUGUUUCUAUUGUUCGCCAUUUUGUUACAGAAGUACGUGACAUGUUUUUUGAUUUUAUAUUAUGAAUAUUGAUAGGUUAUUACUGCGUUCACCAUAUACUUAUCUAUUUGAGAUGAACACUUAAAUUCAUGUUGGAUAACCAGGAAACAAACAGUUUGCAAAUCAAGAAAAGUUUUGUUAUCAGUAUAGGGUUGUGGAGAUCUCAAUCAAAGCUUUUGUUUUCAAUUUUCAUAAUCGUCUGUUAUUAGCCUUAGUAUUAAACUUAAAAAGGUAGCCUCUAAGCUCGUAAUAUGUUAACCGAUUUUUAUCUUAGUGUUACCACUGACAAUUUUCCUCAAUUGAGCUCGCUAACAAGUAGGACAAAAUCCUAUAAAACUAGGUGUUAACUUGAGUAAAACAUUAAUUCAACAGAUAGUAAUUAUGUACACCUAUCAGAAAUCGUGCCUGAUUUUUAUCACCAUAAUCGUUUAAUAAUUACCCUUUUAAACCCAUAUUGUGUGGUUUCGUAACUGAAGGAAUUACCAAAAUUAGAAUUGGCGUAAAAUUGUGAAUUGUUAAGAAUAUUUCAGUUAAUAACGAUGAAUAUAGACGCUUGUGAGACUAUUAGCAAUCGCUCAGCUGUUAAGUCUAUAAUGAUGUCGAAUGAAACAGUACAUGUUAGUGAAUGACAAUUUAUUGAGUUAGAAAAUUUACUAGAAUAAAAAUAACUAGCAUUCAUAUACAUAUAAAAUGUUACCAUACACAUGAGUCAACCAUAAACCUUGCUGGUUAUCACUUAGGUGAUAUACCUCCUUGGCUUGCUUCUACGAGGUCUGUUUCGGGUUAUAUUAUUGACAAUGGGACUGUGGCUUUGUAGUUGAAGCACACGGUUUUCAAUGAUUAGACCUCAGGUUCAUACCCCUCUCUGUUUAGCUCGCCAUUGGCGAAUUGAUAAUAUCACUACCUCUCACGCAAAAAUAUGUCUGGAAAUCAACUGAGUAAACCUGAACUUUGUGAGUUUUCCAACUAAAUGGCAGACUUUCGCUGUUUCGUGUCCAUUUGAUUCCUAUGAAAUCGUGUCAGUUAGGUAAAACCAUUUAUAUAUCUGUUUAGACAGAUCAACUAAGCCAUUCAAGAUAUCUCGCUGUCAGUUUAUUUGGUGAAUGAUAAUAUCAUGAGUCAAUUGAAGAUAGACCACCAUGGAAAACCUGGA